AUGGAAGCUCCAAAUUCAAAAUUUUCUUCGACUAUUACUAAAUAUCAAUCAGAAGUAAUAGUGUUAUCUGACACAGAUAAUGAGUUAUUAAUGGCAAAUAAUUCCUCUACUUCAGGGGUAGUAACAAGCAACAAUAGAGGCAUCCAAAGGCAAUUGAGCAUUUUAUCAAGUGGAUCAUAUAAAACAAAUGAUUCUGGUAGCAUUUUUAAUGCCUCUUUAUGUUCUAAUUUGCCAUCUGUUGAAGAAGUUGAUUCUUUUUAUAAA